AUGUCGAACCAACAAGCGCUUGUUGAAGCGCUCUUGAUGAAAUCAAUACUUGGCCAAGAGCUCGUUGAUACUAAGUUCCACCUAUUUUCAGGCCGCUCAGCACAUUUACGUAAAGUCUCCCGACUCCAAGCCUUGUCCGCCAACAACGUUCUUCUGACAGCACGCUCCGAAUUUUUUGCCCAGCUAUUGUCCAGAACAGAGGGACCCGAUGCCGCGCUUGUCGAAUUCGACGGUGGCUCAGUGUUCGAACAUGGCAUGGCACUUGAUGAUUAUGGAUACGCUUCUGACAGCGAUCUCGAAGAUGAAAAAUUUGGAAAAGUUGAAAAAGCUAAUCAAACCACCGUCCUCGAGGGAAACAUGAGUGAAUCAGAUUGCGAUGACGAUGAGUUAUUUGUGGUGGCGGAUGGGGGGUCCAAAAUUCACUCAACAACCGGUAAUCCCAUUCCGGCCAGCCCACUGCAAGCAGCGAUGUCUAUCACAUCUGCCCCAAUUCAACCCGAACUACCCGUUAUCAACUGCCGGAACUUACUGGUGCGAGACACGGCAUUCAGGACAUGGAAAGCGCUCUUGCUAUAUCUGUAUACGGACAAGAUUGUCUUCUCCCCACUCAAGUCUCAGGGACUGCCCAGAGCUGAUGUGGAGGACCCUAACCCUAGCACAUUGUGGCCUUGCUCACCAAAAUCUAUGUAUCGUUUAGGGUGUAAGGUUCGACUUGACAGUGUCCGCGACCAAGCUUUCAAUGCAAUACGCAGUGGUUUAAAUGCAGAAAACAUUCUCCAAGAGCUUUCCUCUUCAAUCACAUCCAAGUAUCCUGCAGUCCUGCAAAUGCAUGUAGAAGUCCUACUCCAGCACAUCACUUCUGUCCCUGUAAUCCAGAACCUCCCUUCGCUGGUCAAGAGGAUCGUUGACUCGCAAUUACCUCAUGGAGCAGACAUUCUCAUUGAUUUGUACCAAAAAUUUCUGCUACGAAACCAUCCUAAAGCGCUUGCGCUUGCAAAUGCGCCGACAUCGGAGGAACCAACCUCUAAGGAACCGCCCUCUCCCCAAUCUGUUGGUGAAAGCCCAGGGUUCCCCAAAGCUAAAUCAAGUUCUUCGAGAUACGGUAUGGGUAUGAGGAAAAAGAACGGUUAUUACUCCUAG